UCUGCAUACUUCGUAGGCGAAGCCCCACACAACACGACCUGCUACUGAAAACAUUCCAACACACCCAGUCAAGGCGCGCUCAAGAUGUCGUACAAGCUUUUGUUGCUGUUACUUCUGGGCGUAGUCACCCUCGCUCAUUGCGCCCCCAUGGCGGAGGAAGGCGGAGACGAGACAGCACCUGAAGAAAAGGCGGUAGAAGACGAAGAGCCUGUGUCAGAUCCAAAAGCCAUCGUUGGUCGUAAAUGGAGAAAAUGCCGCCUUCACUGCGUCCAGCGUCUUCGCUUAUUUGCUUAUUAUGUAAAUUGUCCAAGGACCUACCUAGCAGUAAGCUGCUCGUGCGCGAAUGGCUGCGGAUCUUGGCACAUCUUUAAUGGAACUCGCUGCGUCUGCCACAGAUGCAAGAAGAAUGUGCUGAUAAACUGGACCCGGGCCGUGUGCUGCAAGGUCGUAUAACUCGUAUGAGGAAGGCUACUGCAAAGAAGAUAACGCCUGCCCAAACAACGAAAUAACCGGACUAGCUUCGACAAUUUAUUCCUAUUUAAAAGUUAACUGUUGUUCCGCAAAGUGCAAAACUAAGCAAUACAGUGGCUAGACCAAAAAAACUAAAUUGUAAAAACAAAUGUUGGAUCAAAUAAAGAAUAACUCAUGAGCAUUGCAA